AUGGCUCAACCUCAGCAACAUGGCGAGCACAAGGCCUGCCAGGUCGAUGCCAUUGAGACUGAGACUAUGCCUAGUUGCUCCCUGUGUAAACGCAUUGAUGCCUCUGGAACACUUCCGAAGCGCCUAAUCGUCUGCUGUGACGGCACAAACAAUUCUUCGAACCAAGGUGUCGAGACCAAUCCUACCAAUGUCGCCCGCCUCAGCAGAGCUAUCGCCAACGUGGGUUACGCUAGCGAUGGAAGCAAAGUCCCACAGAUCACCUACUAUCAGGCUGGCAUUGGAACAGAUCCGACAGUGACCAGCUUCACCAAAGCAAAACAGCAAGGCCUCGGAAUAGGAUUGAACGAGAAGGUCUGCGAAGCGUACAACUAUCUGGCGAACAACUAUGGUCCUGGGGAUGAGAUCUUUAUCUUCGGCUUUUCGCGCGGCGCCUACACAGCCAGGGUGCUGGCGAGCUUCCUCUGCCAAUUCGGCCUCCUCACGCCCGGCAUGAUGGACUACUUUGACGAAAUCUUCGAAGCCUACAAGCACCGCGCCGACAACGAGUACACUUUCCGCGACAUGAAGUGGUCCAAAGGCUUCGCUCGCCCAGGUGAACUCGGCCUCGAACUCAACUCCGAAGAACGCAUCACUCGCUACGAGUGCAUCAAGAAAUGGACACACCUGCACAUCACCGUCAAAGCCGUCGGGGUAUUCGACACGGUGGGCUCAGUAGGCCUUUCCGGGAAAUUGCCUCAACCGGGACAAGACUCAGACUGGCACAGCAGUUCUUUGCAUCCCAACAUUGAGCAUGCAUUCCACGCACUUGCAAUCGAUGAAAGUCGUGGCAACUUCGCGCCCACACUCUAUUACCUCUACGACGCCUGCAUCAAAUCCGGCACAAAAUUGAAACAGUGCUGGUUCCCAGGCUACCACGGCGAUAUUGGCGGCCACGCCUCACCUGAUGGCUGCAUCAAUUCCUACGACUUGCUGACGUUCGCCUGGAUGAUCGAUCAACUCACCCAAGAGAACCUCCUGAACUUCUCGAAGCAUCAGCUCUACUACCCCAUCCUCAAACGUGUCCACGUCGGUCCGACAAACGAUCCACCAAGCGAAGCACCAACCUCUGUAGAAGAAGCCGGCGAGAGACGCAUCAAAUGGUCCGACGGCUGGCUGCAAGAUACCAACGGGAUCUGGCCCUACUACGCCACCUCCUUCAUCGCCACGCGCCGCUUCUGGCACGUCCGAAUACCAGGUCUCUGGCAUGAUCCGAAGGGCCGCGAGGUCAAGCAGUCUAACCUCUGUGAGACGAUCCACCCCAGUGUAGCGCACCGAAUGCAGCAGAAGGGGUCGGAGUAUCAGCCAAAGGGGUUUGAGAAAGAGUGGAAGUAUGAUAAGGAUCACAAGAGGUGGAUCAGGACGGUGGAGGGCAAGGAAGUGUGUGUGAUACCGGAGUAUGAGUUGCCUGAUUUUCCUGUGAAGGAUUUUGAUGGGAAGGAUUUGUGGAGUGGUGGGCUGGAGAGAUUGCUGGCGCCGGAGGAUGUGAUGGGGAAGGAGAAGUUUGCAUAUUACAAGAAGAGGUUGGAAGAGGAGGUGGCGCAUUUGGAGCAACUGUAUGGGUAA